ACUGCUUCAAGCUAUGGCUGCAUGCUGCCUCCUCCUGGUGCUCAUGUUUUAAAAAAAAAAAAAAAAAAAAAAAAAAAAAAGACCUGACUUGGUUGCUAGGAGAGACUAACAACAAACACCAGUCCUCCCAGCUUACAGCAAGCGGCUACUGGUAGCAACAGCAAGAAAAAUACCAAUUUUUAGAUCUCAAACUUGAGGUGACUCUGAAUUGUUUGUAUAAUGUUGAGUGUUGCCAUGGCAGUUUUACCAGAGGUGGGCUGGGAGGAGUGUUAUGCUGUUCCGGGAGCCAAUGCUGAAAACAAGGCUUUAAUUGAAGAGAUUAUCAAGAAGAGGAAGGAACUUGUGCGACUGAGAAGCAAGCGAGAGAAUCAUAAAGAUCAAAAACAAUUGGCAACAGAAUUCCUGAGACAUGUUAAAGCAGAGCUGCAAAAUAUGGAGGCCCUGUGCCAGGCGAAAGACAGAGAAGCAGAUUUGGAGACGCACCUCACUGCCAUUGCACAGAGGGAAAUUGGCCAUCUGGCGCAGGAGAACGCUCAGAUGGAAAAUGACCUUCGAUUUUUGAACGAGAGGAAAAACACGCUUGAGAGUCACAUAUUCAAGGCGAAACAGAGGCUCGAGCAGUUUCGCACCCGAAUGAACUGGGACCAGCAGGCCCUGGAUUCUUUUUUGGAGGAGUCAGCGCAAAAAGAAGACGACGUGAUGGCCAUCAUGAAGUAUUCACAGCAGGAUGAACAGAAGAUCAAGUCACUUACUUUGGCCAUUGAGAGGACAAGGCGGGAGGCAAAUAAAAAGCGCAAAGCACUCGACACGGAAUUGACGGAAAAUUUAUCUGCACAGGUUGCUUUAGACAAGACCAGCGAACAUCUGCAGCAUGCUCACCAAGAAACUGAGCAGAUCAUCCACCAGUGGGAAAACACUAUCCAACAGAUGAAGCAAAGAGAUGCUGAGAUGCAUCAGUCUGCUCUGAAACUUGCAGAGAUCAACCAGCACAUCAGGGAAAGGAAUAGCUCCUGGACGGAAAUGAAGGACUUGCACGACUCGCAGGUGAGCGACAACAAGGAAAAAGAAAGGAAAUUGACUGCAGCCCAUCGUCAGGCUGCAAAACUGCGGCAGGAACUGAAAGAGCAGGAGAAGAAUUACCUGGAGAUGCAAAAUGAGCUCAAAGGCUGUAAAACCUCGCUGGAUAAAACAGCAUCCACUGUUGAGUCGAUGAAGUGCCACAUCACCGGGCUCAAAGAUCAAAUCCAGAACAACAAUGUCAAACUGAAGCAAACCUCGGCCCAAAAUGGUGCCCUUGAGGAGAAGCUGAAAGCUGUGACUCAGAACGCGCUGAGUGAAAAGGAGAAAGCAGCCCAAAUGGAACAGUUCCUCACAGAUGAGGAGCAAGCCAUCAAGGAGCUGGAUGCCCAACUGCGUGACUGCAGGGAGGAGCUCUUCCGUUGCAAACAGCAUGUUGACAACCUCAAGAGAAUGGAGAAGGACUCUUUGGCACAAGAGUUGCGGAGCAAAUCCACCAUCACCGCUUUGGAACGAGAGCUCAGGAAACAGGAGAAGCAUUUGCUAAGACAGCAGAUGAUCAUGAAUGAAAAGGACUUCCAGAUCAUUUUUUUGGAGAAAAAGCUUGCUCGACUACAAGGUGUUCACGACUCUGACGAAAAGCAAGUGUUAGAAAUAAAGAUCAGUGAACUUUCCAAAGCCCUCGAUGAGAUGAUGAAGACAUCCGGCAAGAUUAUCAACGGAAUCAAAGAGUCUGAAGGUGACGUUCGCUAUUUGAGGAAAGAAAACGACAAGUCAGCAGCGGACAAGGAAGAGCUGUGCAAAAAAGUUGAAGAGUUGAAGCUAAUCAAUAAUAGUACUGAGAAAGAGCUGAAGAGACUUGGCCUCAAUAAGCAGGAAAUACUCGUGGAGCAGAACAUCUUCAAGCUGGAGGUGACCCGAAAGAGGGAUCUCCUGUUCAGCAAAGCCAACAGCGUGGUGUCCUUGGAAAAAAGACAACUGAACAUGAAGAAAGCCAUCCAGGAGAGGCAAGAGGAGAUCAGAGUCUACAAUCAAAUGCUCAGCCAGGAGCUGAAGAUCACAGAGCAGGAGAGACAGAAAAUCAGUGCCGAUCUGAAUGGAAAAUCUUCCAAGAUUGACGUCAUGAAGAAACAUUUUGAAGUGGUGACUUUUUCAAUGGCAACCCUUGGAGAGCAUGAGGAAGAUGCGGUGACGUGUCAAGCUCACUACAUCGCUAAGGCGGCGCUACAGAGAGCAGAACUCAUGGAUCAAGUCGAGUGUCUAACUGUCAAAAUUCGCAAGGCUGAACAAGAAAAUAAAGCUCUGGAAAAGACAACACUGUUGUUCAAUAUCAGCAAUUCGGGAUUCCACACCUCAGUCAACAAAGCAAAAGAAUCCAGCCCUGAAUUCCAGGAAAAAAUCAAGAUGGAAGAGCAGUUAGGUUUGGCUGAAGAAUCGCUGAAAUAUAAAAGAAGACAAGUCAGACAGCUUCAACAAGAACAACAGGAACUGAACGACACCUUGGAGAGUCUCCUACAGGCCAAACAGGUGGAGAACCAAAAGAUCGAACACGUGCAGUCCCUCAUUAGCAAACUGAAUCGGGAGGUUGCUUCCCAGCAGGAAAAAAUCCACAGAGCCACAAAACAGUGCUCCAAACUAACCCAAAAGAUUCGCUCCUCAAGAAACACCAAGUCAGAGACUUUUGAGGAGAAGGACAUCAAGCUGAGACAGUUAAAGGACUUAAACAAGAGUAUCAAUAAGAUGCUCAAUGAUACCACAAAGGACAAACCUGACCUCAGAUACGUAUUGGAAAAGUAUUUUCUGCAGACCAGCUUGUCCUUUCCGUCUCCUCCGUCCACUCCAAGCAGCCACCAAAGCUCCAAGAUCAACUCAGCUCGUAGCUCCGCCUCUUCCAGGUCCGACACACACGCACACAAACAUUGCGCCAAUCAUAUAUUGUUCUCCAACCUGCAGGUCUUCAGCAUCCUCACUCAGCAGACACAGCACCCCUGCACCCCAGUCUCUUUUAUUGAAGACCGUGUCCCUAAGUCUGGAUCUAACUGGGCCCUCCCCUCCUGUUUCAUCUAGCAGGAGCUCCAGCUCAGCCAGCAGCAAAUUGAAGAGUCCAUAGUUGAAGACAUUUUCAAACAAGUUCUACCAAUUGAGAUGAUAGGGCUCUAGUUUCUUAGGGCUCUGUGGCGCCCCCUUCCCCAAAAUCCUGAUAUUUUAACAGGGGUGUGUAGACUUUUUAUACCCACUAAAA